AUGGGCCUUCUCACAAACGUCAGUAUAGCAAGCACUGUUUCCGUAAUAGUUGUACUGACGUGCAUUAUUGCUGUGACCCAUUUGGUCAGUGAUUUGAACUCACUGUAUGAUGAAAUUAUGAGCGAUACGCAAGAAAUCAAGAUUAUUAACGAGAAUGCAUGGAAUGGAAUGGUGCAGUUGCGGGCGCAAAAGGUACAUAAAAGCGACAAAACCCGAUCAAUUCAUCAAUUAUUGCUGCGUCAUAGUCUGAAGACAAAAAGAUCUUUUCCUGCUCAACAAUGUGAAUGUGGUCGAAGCCCUAACAGAUGUCCAUCCGGUAAACAAGGUCCACAAGGCGAAAAAGGAGAACCAGGAGAAGCGGGUGAACCAGGUAAACCGGGGCUACCAGGUAUUGCUGGCAUCAUCGCUGUUCUAGAUUUACCAGAAUCAGGCUGUAUUCAGUGCCCAGCUGGGCCGAGUGGACCACGAGGUCCCAAUGGUGAGCCAGGUAAAAUUGGUUCACCAGGAAAACCUGGAGUUGUUGGAGUGCAAGGCAGAGAUGGAACACCGGGAAAGCCAGGUCCACCUGGUGAUGUCGGCGAACCAGGUAAUCAAGGUCAACCGGGACCUGAUGGCCCACCGGGAAAAAGCAAUAUAAGGUACGUUUCAGUACCUGGUGAUAAGGGUACGACUGGUGAACGCGGCAAACCUGGAAAGCAGGGACGGAAUGGAAAAAAUGGCUUUCCUGGAAUUCAAGGUAAAAUUGGAUCUCCUGGACCGGAAGGUCCACCCGGGAAAGUCGGCGUACCAGGUUCACCAGGAAGACGAGGCGUGCCUGGACUACCUGGACCUCAAACUCACUACUGUCCAUGUCCAAUAUUGCUAUAA